AUGAUGAACUAUAUAAGGUGGGGCGUACGAUGGCUCAGUCAGCAUCCAUUCACUCGCAAAUUCCACAUGAACUUCUUCCUCUGCUUCGUCGCUCUUCUCUUCUGUCUUCUCGAACCCUCUGACGCCGCAGUCCUGAGGAACCGCCGUCAAGUCGUCAGCAACCUCGUCGGAGAUCCUUUCCUUGGUGGUCCUUCCAGCAUGGGUACGUUUUUCUCCUUUUUUUAUUCUUUUUCAAAAAAAGCCUCAAACCUGAAUCAAUUUGCUGGAACCAACGUCAUCAGUGUCGUUUUUGCAGGAUGGGCUCAAGUUCCACACAUCGGAAGUCCAAUGUUCUCUCCCGUUUUCGGCCGAAAAAUAGAUACAGCCAGCCUGUAA